GCACCCAUCCAUCCUGCCUUAUACCAUCAUCUUCGCUUAUCUUUACCGUGUUGUUUCCGAGCUUUCCGAGGACGUGCGUAGGUAAGGAUCAAGACAGUUGUAUGGUUCCUGUUUUCUGAAAGCAUUCCAUCGACUGUGAUUAUGCUGUAAGCCGGAGUUAAUUAAAUUGCAAAAACAGAAAAUUGGGAUGGAGGGCCAGUACAACCUCAGGAGUCCGGCCGUCAAGCGCAUUAUGCGGGAGGCCCAGGAACUUCGCGAGCCAACGGAGGAAUAUUUUGCCCAGCCCUUGGAAGACAACCUAUUUGAGUGGCACUUUACAGUACGAGGUCCCCCUGAAACUGAGUUUGAAGGCGGGUUGUACCAUGGGCGGGUCAUUCUGCCUCCCGAAUAUCCAAUGAAACCACCAAGUAUCAUCUUGCUUACGCCGAAUGGCCGUUUUGAAACCAACAAAAAGAUCUGCCUCAGCAUCUCAGGACACCAUCCGGAAUCUUGGCAACCAUCUUGGUCACUGAGGACAGCCCUUCUGGCAAUCAUAGGAUUCAUGCCGACCCACGGAAGCGGAGCUAUAGGGUCCCUCGACUACACGCCGGAGGAGCGCCGAGCGCUUGCCUCAAAGUCCCAGAAAUGGAGCUGUCCUAGGUGCGGGCCACUCACGCAGUUGCUGAAAGAAGGCAAAGGAGAAGCUCCUUCUUCCGCAGACCAGGAAGCUCGGCAGCAGGCAGCCCAGAUAACAUUCAAGGGCGCAGCAGACAAAGGUAGCUUGGAAACCCUUCCUCCAACCGAGAACGCUGCCUCCGCCGCCACACCCUCGCCCGACACGCAGCUGCAGGCCUCGUCGAGAGCCUCGCUCAACGAAGAGGCUCCGUCGACGCGAGACGUGACCAGACCAGGCAACGACACACAGUCCCAGGAGUCCCUGAGACGUCGCGCGGCGGAGAUCCUCGCCCGGAGGGCAGAGCGGCUCCAGCAGCAACAUCCCGUGACGGGACCACCACGCGUGGCCAGCCGAGGACACUGGCGCGACAGCCAGCUGCUGAAAACGGCUUGGGAUUCGGCCAUCUGGCUCGUGGGAAUGGCUCUCGUUGGAUUGGUCGUGCGACGCGUGUUCUUCGUCUGAUUCCCCGACGAGUCAGAGAGAGAGAGAGAAAGGUGCAUCUUGGGAAGGAUGGCGGACGAUGGCUCUUGACGAGAUGCUGGUUUUGUGUGUACCAUAAGACGGAGGACAAAUUUCUUUCAGCGCAGUGACUCUACAUACAGUCUUAAUUAAAUAAAAUUUAAAAAGACUCC